UUGUCCUCUCGGCUUCCGUCGACGUCGCGAAUGCGCUUGACGUCAGCAUAACAACAACCUGUCAUGACAGCUCGUAUGGGGAGAAAAAUAACGAUAAAGAUAUCAAACCAUAUAAAUUCCGUUUCACCUGGAUGUAAGAUUACGUUUUUAAGCUAGGGGAGAUCCAGGAGGGACAACAAGCGCCUUUCCGGGAACCGGUCAGCUAGCCAGCCGAAGAGACGGGGAACAGGAUAGGGAAGCAGGGCGAGGCGGGCCCCGCGGAGCCGGUGGAGAAGAUGGCCGGCAGCCCGGAGAAGAGCUCCACCGCGCAGGAGCUGAAGGAGCAGGGGAACCGGCUCUUCCUCUGCCGCAAGUACCAGGAGGCUGCGACGUGUUACAGCAAAGCUAUUAACCGUAAUCCGUCGGUGGCAGUGUACUACACCAACCGGGCUCUGUGCCAUGUGAAGCUGCAGCAGCAUGACAAGGCCCUGGCGGAUUGUAAGCACGCGCUGGAGCUGGACAGUCAGUCUGUGAAGGCCCACUUCUUCCUGGGCCAGUGUCACCUGGAGCUGGAGAACUACGACGAGGCCAUCGGCAACCUGCAGAAAGCUUAUAACCUGGCGAAAGAACAAAGACUGAAUUUUGGAGAUGACAUCCCCAGCGCCUUGCGCAUCGCAAAGAAGAAGCGGUGGAAUAGCAUCGAGGAGAAGCGCAUCAACCAGGAGAACGAGUUGCAUGCCUACCUGACCAAACUCAUACUGGCUGAGAAGGAAAGAGAACUCGACGAAUACAAAGAGAAACAGGACGACAAUCAAAAUGGAGGCGACGCUGCCAAGAUUUCAUCGAAAACUGACAAGUAUCUAAUGGACAUGGAUGAGCUCUUCUCUCAAGUGGAUGAGAAAAGAAAAAAGCGGGACAUCCCAGACUACCUGUGUGGUAAGAUCAGCUUUGAGCUGAUGAGGGAGCCCUGCAUCACGCCCAGCGGAAUCACCUACGAUCGCAAGGACAUCGAGGAGCACCUACAGCGGGUUGGCCAUUUUGACCCGGUCACCAGGAGCCCCCUGACCCAGGACCAGCUGAUCCCCAACCUGGCCAUGAAGGAAGUGAUCGACGCCUUCAUCCAGGAGAACGGCUGGGUGGAGGACUACUGAAGGGACCACCCCCACCCCCCCAGCUCCCAUCUCUCCAUCACGCCCAAACAGAAGUCUGGACAACACGAGACUGUAGAGAACAGACCCCCUC